ACUUGAAGCAGCCAAAGAAUGACUUUCCGCUCGCAUAGACAUCGUCGGUUUGCACUACCCCCUUCACAGUCUCCUUCCAGGCCUGUGUAUAAAUAGACCCCGAAUCGCUCCCAUUUUCAUUCAGUCGCUUUUAUCAACCAACUUGCAUAGUGUCUUCCUCCCUCACUCGUCAUUGCGUUUCACCUCGCUAAAAAAAAAGGUCCCUUCCACUAUCAGAUUGAGCAACCGUUUUGCAUGAAUCGAAGAUGCUGGACGAACAUCAAAACCGAUGGAUGCCAUCAACGUUUACCGUUUGGAUGGCGACAUUUUUCACGAUCGUGGCCAUCUGUGUUUUCACCAAAAAGCGCCUAGCUUUCGUCGAGCAUUGCAACAGCAUUCCUGGACCACCGGCACCACUUCCUCUUCUGGGAAAUGCAUUGGAAUUAUUGCGAGAUCCUGACGAACUGUUCCAGUUUCUCAUCGACUACCUGCACGAAUGGCGCCAGCACUUCCCGAUUUUGCGCUUCUGGCUUGGACCCUUUCCUAUUUUUCUUCUUUACACACCUGAGGGUACCGAGGCUUUGUUGGGCAGUAACAAAUUGAUCGACAAAUCCCGUGAAUAUCAAUAUCUCCACCCAUGGCUGAAUACGGGACUACUCACGAGCACCGGCACCAAAUGGCAUGGAAGACGUAAAAUGCUGACGCCGACAUUUCACUUCAAAAUCCUGGAGGAUUUCAUCGACAUUUUCAAUAAGCAGAGUGUCGUGCUGGUCCAGAAAUUACGAGAGGCUCAUCAGGACAUGCUGGCCACAAAUGGAGACAGAGUCAAUCUGUUCCCUUACGUGGCUCGCUGCACGCUCGACAUCAUUUGCGAAACUGCCAUGGGUCGUCACGUCGAUGCCCAGCUGAAUAACGACUCUGAAUACGUUAAAGCCGUUUGCACAAUUGGACGGAUCGUUCAGACCAGACAGGCACAACCGUGGCUGCAGCCGGAACUGCUUUUCCAGUGCCAUCCGAUGGCCAAAACCCAGCAGAAAUGUUUAGAUAUUCUUCACGGUUUCACAGAUAAGGUUUUACAAGAGCGGAAAGCUGAGCAUCGUAUACGCAAGGCGGAGGAAUUGGCCCGGAAAGAAAACAAAAAUUUGCCAUCGCCAUCAAACGUCGAUGACGCUGUCGAUUUGAUAAAAAAACCUCGUUUGGCAUUCCUGGAUCUCUUGAUUGAAGCCUCGCAGGACGGCACGCUUCUCAGUGAUUUGGACAUCCGUGAAGAAGUCGACACUUUUAUGUUUGAGGGACAAGAUACGACUGCAGCAGCCGUCAGUUGGUGUUUGUAUUUGAUCGGAAGCCAUCCGGAGGUGCAGGACCGUGUCAGCGAAGAACUCAAUCUCGUUUUUGGUACCUCAGACAGGCCGAUUACAAUGGCAGACAUUCUUCAGCUGAAAUAUCUGGAAUGCUGCAUCAAAGAAGCGCUCAGGCUCUAUCCUAGCGUCGCCAUGUAUGGUCGCACAUUGAGCGAGGAUGCAAUCAUCCAUGGGUAUGUCAUACCAGCCGGUUCGACCGUCGCCGUUAUUCCGUACUCACUUCACAGAGAUCCGCAGCAAUUUCCCGAUCCAGAGUGUUUCAACCCGGACCGUUUUUGGGGUGACAGCAAACGUAGCAGACACCCUUAUGCCUACGUGCCAUUCAGUGCCGGACCUCGCAACUGCAUCGGCCAGAAGUAUGCCGUCAUGGAGGAAAAGGUUGUUUUGGCUACAGUUUUAAGAAACUUUCAUCUUGAAUCGCUGGAGAAGCGCGAAGACCUGAUCUUGAUCGGAGAGCUUGUGCUACGACCCCGAGACGGCGUCCAGGUACGCUUGACGCCCAAACCAAUCACGCCUUCUAACUGUCCAUCGUCGUGUUGAUCGUAGCGACCACAGACAUUAUAUAUAGUACAUAUCCAUGUGAACGCGAACCAGCCCCUUUUUUUAAAAAUUGCUUUCCCUUUCCAUUUCGAGAAAAUUACGUUUUUGUUAAGUGUCGUAACUUGUGUAACACCCAUGAGGUUCCUUUCUUCUUCAUAGAAGUAAUUGUCUCUUUGUAUGUAGCGUUUCUUUGUGUCCCAGGGGUUUCCGUAAUUGACAGGGCGAGAGCCGGAGAAUGCGGUCCGUUUGAUCAAAAGGUUUAAUACACAGAUUUUUUUAAAAACAUA